AUAGCCGCCUAAUUUUCGUUUUCUUUGAUAUUCCUAAAUUAAAUUUUAAACUGAAAACGUAAUUGUAACAGUAUACCAAGACAAAUCAAUAUAUUAUCGGUUUUUCUAAGGCUACAAAGCAGCUUAACUACACAGGAUAACACGUGUUUAUUAAAUUAGCAAACUGGAUUAAAAAUACCGUUACUUCGACUGCUUUUAGUCUUCGCUUGAAUUUUCAAAGAAGUAUAUUAGCAAGUCUGGAAAAAUUAAAAGUAAGAUGCCUCCCAAGGGCGAUUCUGAAACUCAAGCAUUGAGAAAAGAGUUAGAAGAAUUGUAUGAAAAAUUGAAGGAAGCUCAACAGGGAGCAGCAGAUGUAAAAUUGGAAGAAACUUGUAGUGGGGUAGCAGAUGCUCCUAAAGUUAAAUUAACGACAAAAAAGCUGAUGAAAGGUCAUUUAAACAAAGUAAAUUCGGUACAUUAUAGUGGAGACAGCAGGCAUUGCGUAAGUGGAUCGCUAGACGGAAAACUAAUAAUUUGGGACACUUAUACUGGUAAUAAAGUACAAAUUGUGCCACUGCGCUCGUCGUGGGUAAUGAGUGUGGCGUUCUCACCGUCCGGAAAUUUCGUUGCAUGCGGCGGUAUGGAUAACAUGUGCACAGUUUAUGAUGUUAAUAAUAGGGACGCAACUGGGGUAGCAAAAAUGACAAGAGAAUUGGCUGGGUACGAAGGAUUUUUAAGUUCGUGUAGAUUUUUAGACGACAAGACCUUAAUUACCGGAUCAGGAGAUAUGAAAAUUUGUAUGUGGGAUUUGGAAUCGGGUAAAAAAACCGCUGACUUCCCGGGACAUAAUGGGGACGUCGUGUCCAUAAGUUUAUCGCCGGAAAACAACAUGUACGUUACGGGAAGUGUAGACAAAACUUGUCGGUUGUGGGAUAUAAGAGAAGAAAAACCGAAACAAACAUUUUUCGGACACGAAGCUGAUGUCAAUUCGGUUUGUUUUCACCCGAGCGCUCAAGCUUUUUGUACUGGGUCCGAAGACAAAUCCGCAAGACUGUUCGACAUAAGAAGUGAUCAGCAAAUGGCCCUGUACGAACCCCCGAACAAAUCGAGCGGCUUCACGAGCUGCGGUUUGUCCCUUAGUGGCCGAUUUUUGCUCUGCGGUUCCGAUGACAACAAUAUACACAUAUGGGAUACGUUAAAAAAUCAACACAAUGGUUGCUUGCCGGGACACGAAAACAGAGUGACAUCUCUCACGGUUGCCCCAAAUGGUAUAGCUGUCGUUACCAGCAGCUGGGACCAGAAUGUUAGAGUCUGGGGUUAAAAUGUUUUUCACAUAAAUAUAUGUAUAAGAAAAUUAGUUGGAAGAAACUACGCAUUUUGACAUUCCACUAUAUAUCUUAUUUUUAAGUAGAAUAUUCACGGUUAUUGUUUCUUUACUUAAAUGUCUGAUGUUAUUGUUUCCAUUGAAUAACACCUAGGCUAAUACAGAAUAAAAAUGAUUUGUAACUCAGCCGUAUUACAGUUA